AUGGAAAUCAAACAGGCUACACACUGCUUGGUGAAACUCGCCCAGGAUGAAAGAUUCCCUCAGGACCUCGCGGAAGUAGCUCGUAAUGGGCAAGUCAAACAAAAUUCUCGAUUGAAAACUCUUACUCCAAUACUAACGAAUGGCGUAUUGCGUGUCGGUGGCCGGCUGCGCUAUGCUCCCGUAAGCUACGACCAACGGCAUCCGAUGAUCCUGCCGGACAAACAUCCUUUCAUUCAGCUACUAGUAGUUCACUACCACCGAAAGUUUUUACAUGCUGAUCCGCAGUUGCUAAUUGCCACCAUUCGUGAAAAAUUCUGGCGGUUGCGAAUAAGAAACCUUGCCCGCCAAGUUGUUCACUCCUGCGUCAGCUGUUUUCGUUGCAAACCUAAGAUCCUGCAACAGUUCAUGGGUGAACUUCCGCCGGAGCACGUUACACCAGCAUUUCCGUUUCUCCGCACGGCUGCUCUGAAACAGUUUGUCGCUCGCCGAGGGAAACCAGAGUUGAUUGAGUGCGACAAUGCAACCAACUUCAAAGGAGCUCAACGCGAGCUGAACGAUUUAGCCCAACUAUUCGUAUCUCAGCAGCACCAAGAACUGAUCACUACCAACUGUACGGAAAAUGGGAUUACGUUCAAAUUCAUACCUCCUAGAUCCCCAAAUUUCGGCGGGCUCUGCAAAGCAGCCGUCAAGUCGCUGAAGAAACACUAG